AUGCGGUUGAACUUCAGCCAGCCGCCGACGCCGGCAUUAAGUCGUCAAAACACGCAGAGAGCCCACCAACGCCGAUCAACCCAUCCGCAUUUGUUAUCAAUGCGGAGAAAACCCAGAAGAUGGCCACUCGUUUUCCGGUUCAUCAAGGGGGCUAUUCACGGGCAAAUCUUGCUCCCCGUCUUCCUACAUGCUCUCUUCACGGCCUUUGUCGUAUACUUGGACACUUAUGUCUUUGAAACAGUGGGACUACCCACGAGCAUUAUCCCCUCCCUGUCCAUUGUCGUGGGUCUAAUCCUAGUUUUCAGGAACCAGACCUCCUACAAUAGAUUCUGGGAUGGUCGCAACGGCAUGAACACAUUAACAACUUGCAUUCGCAACCUCGUGCGCACAAUCGUGACAAACAGCUACAAUUCCACGCGCGGCCCUCCCACGCCGGCGGAGCGGGAGGACGUCGAGCGCACGAUCCGCAUUCUCAUGGCCAUUCCGUACGCAGUCAAGAACCACCUUCGGGCGGAGUGGGGUGCUGCUUGGGAUAUUGGCGGUAUUCUCGGCCAUGAGAUUGAUGAGUGUGGUACUUCUGCUUAUAAUCCUGACUAUGCGGGUUUACUUCCAGAGGGAUUGGAGGGUCAUGAGCAUCAGGGUAUGGGUCUUCCAUAUCAGCUUACCUUUUUUGUUGAUGGAUUUAUUAAGCGCGGUGAAGAGCGUGGCUGGUUUCCCGCUCCUGGUGCGAGUCAGUUGCAGGGCCAAUUGAAUACACUCACUGAUGCUUAUGGGCGUAUGGAGACGAUUAAGCUGACUCCUAUGCCGGUGGCGCAUCUCAUUCAUCAGAAACAAGUCCUCGCUCUAUUUGGCUGUGUGCUGCCCUUUGCCAUGGUAGAUGAGAUGGGCUGGUGGUCUAUUCCAGUGGUUUGCUUGGUUACAUUUACUCUCUAUGGUAUUGAAGGUAUUGGCUCUCAACUUGAAGAUCCAUUUGGCUAUGACAGAAAUGACAUCAAGAUGGAUGCGCUUGUUGGUGACUCCAAGGUUGAGAUUGAUGUCGUUUUGGACUCAUGGCGCCGACAAUGCAAACUGAUUGACAGUGCGACUCAUGUGCGCGAGGAAAAUCAAGCCGAUAGUCUUUGUCGUGAUGAAUCUGCUAAUCAUGGAGUUGGAAGAAGAAGCGACGGGAAGUAUGAACAGCCGGAUUUAUUUUUAAAAUCUGGUGGACUGUGA